CUACGCAUGCGCAGGGCAGCUUCGUGGUGACGGAAGCGAGAAGAUGGCGGCGUCCGUGGUCUGCCGGGCGGCCCGAAUUGGGACCCAAGCGGUGCUGCGCUCCGGUCGUUGGCCGGCCCUGCUGGGGGCCCCUGCCUUGCGGGGCGCCGCGACCUAUGCGCAGGCUCUGCAGGCCGUGCCGGAGACGCAGGUCAGCGUUCUGGACAACGGGCUGCGCGUGGCCUCGGAGCACUCGGCCCAGCCUACCUGCACGGUAGGAGUGUGGAUUGCUGCCGGCAGCCGUUAUGAGACUGAGAAGAACAAUGGGGCAGGUUACUUUGUGGAACAUCUGGCUUUCAAGGGAACCAAGAAUCGGCCUGGCAGUAACCUUGAGAAGGAGGUAGAGAGUAUGGGAGCCCAUCUUAAUGCCUACAGCACUCGGGAACACACAGCCUACUAUAUCAAGGCACUGUCCAAAGACCUGCCCAAAGCUGUGGAACUUCUGGCUGACAUCGUGCAGAACUGCAGCCUGGAAGACUCACAGAUCGAAAAGGAACGAGAUGUGAUCCUGCAGGAGAUGCAGGAAAACGAUGCCUCUGCGUGUGAUGUUGUCUUUGACUACCUACAUGCCACGGCCUUCCAGGGCACCCCCCUUGCCCAGCCUGUGGAAGGGCCCAGCCAGAACGUCAGGAAGCUGUCUCGCACGGACUUGACGGAGUACCUCAGCAGGCAUUACAAAGCCCCACGCAUGGUGCUGGCAGCAGCUGGAGGGAUAGAGCACCGGCAACUGCUAGACCUUGCCCAGAAGCACUUCAGCAGUGUCUCUGCAACAUACCCAGAGGAUGCCGUGCCAGCUCUAACUCCGUGCCGCUUCACUGGGAGUGAGAUACGCCACCGUGAUGAUGCCCUGCCUUUGGCUCAUGUGGCCAUCGCAGUAGAAGGACCUGGCUGGGCCAACCCAGACAACGUAGCUCUCCAAGUGGCCAAUGCCAUCAUUGGCCAUUAUGACUGCACGUACGGUGGUGGUGUGCACCUAUCCAGCCCACUAGCUUCAGUAGCUGCAGCCAAGAAGGUGUGCCAGAGUUUUCAAACCUUCAACAUCUGCUACACAGAGACGGGGUUGCUAGGGGCGCACUUCGUCUGUGACCGCAUGAGCAUUGAUGACAUGAUGUUCUUCCUGCAAGGCCAGUGGAUGCGCCUGUGCACCAGUGCCACAGAGAGUGAGGUGACUCGGGGCAAAAACAUCCUCAGAAAUGCCCUGGUAUCUCAUCUGGAUGGCACCACGCCGGUCUGUGAGGACAUUGGACGCAGCCUCCUGACCUAUGGCCGCCGCAUCCCCCUCGCUGAGUGGGAGACCCGGAUUGCGGAGGUGGAUGCCCAUGUAGUACGUGAGGUCUGCUCCAAAUACUUCUAUGACCAAUGUCCAGCAGUGGCGGGAUUUGGCCCCAUCGAGCAGCUCCCAGACUACAACCGGAUCCGCAGUGGCAUGUUCUGGCUGCGCUUUUAGGCAGGAAGCCUGUGCAGGGAAAAGGGUGGGGCUGGGGCUCCUGGUCCCCCACACAAACAGCCACUCCAGCUCCUCCAAGUGUGCAGCAGAACACCACCAAUAAAGUGUCGUGGUGAGAA